UUCCUGCCCGGCACCUUUAGAGCAGUCAUUUUAGGGACCUCAUCUUUUCAUGUCGACCGUGACCUCGACUUUUUGGAUCGAUGUCUCCCCUAUAAUGUAUCGGAUAUCUAAACGUAGGAAGACGCGGGUUUUCCCGCACCGGCCCGACCCUUUUCCGAUGCGGAAUAUCGGAUAUGCACCACUUGUCUUUCCAGUAUGUCUCCAAUGAAGCUUGCCAUUCUUCUGUGCGAUACGCCUUUACCCGCAGUCGUUUCCACGUACGGAGACUACACCGUAAUCUUCCAUCGCCUUCUCUCUUCCGCCCCUUCCGCCCCUUCAUUCACACUCGAUCCCUAUGACGUCGUUUCUGCCAAGGCCUAUCCUGAAGAUCCAACUUCCUACGACGCAAUUCUGCUGACUGGAUCCAAACACUCUGCUCACGAAAACGAUGCAUGGAUACACAAGCUGGUGGAUUUCGUUCGAACCACUGCUUCCUUGCAUCCACAGGUGAAACUCAUUGGGAUCUGCUUCGGACAUCAAAUUAUCGCCCGUGCGUUGGGCGGGGAUAAGGCAUGUGUGGUCAACACGGCUGGCUGGGAGGUCGGUCCGACCAAGAUUGAGCUGACGCCGCUGGGGGAGAAGAUUUUUGGCAAGCCAGGCGAAUUGGUGAUGCAGCAGAUGCAUCGGGAUCAUGUGCCGUCACUCCCGCCAGGAUUUCAUCUGCUCGCGUCAACAUCUGUUGCUCCCGUGCAAGGAAUGGUCAAAUUUCAGGAUGGGCAGGAGGAGGAUGUGCAUAUCUUUGCGGUCCAGGGCCACCCUGAAUUUACUGAGCCUAUGGUAUCCAUUAUGGUGGAGACAAGGGGUGCAAGUGGUAUCCUGAGCAAAGAGAUCGUGGAAGAUGUGGGUAAACGGAAGGAUAUGCCAACGGAUGGUGUCCUUGUCGCCAAUUCCAUUUGGAGGAUCUUGCAGUCGAGCAGACAUUCUUGACUCCAACUGGUUCGAUUCUUCACAUGAGAAAUGACAGGAAUUGUACGAGCUUAUACCUGUGUACUGAUCGGAGUAGUUCAUGGUAGACUGCUGUAGAGACUCCAGUAUUAUAAAGUUACUCGUGUUAAUCAUUCUUCCACCUCCC